AUGAAGAUUGAAAAAGAGAUCUCUCACCCAAUCCAUCCAUGGCACAGGCUGAAGCUCAACCACAGUGAUAUCCCUUUUAACUGUGGUGGAUGCAAUGAAGCUGGGAUUGGCUUCAACUACCAAUGCCUAAAAUGUGAUUUCACUUUGCACAAGCUCUGUGCCAUGGCAUCUCCAAGGAUCACUCACCCUUUCUACCCAAAAUGCGCUUUCGAGUUCUUCAUUUCCCCGCCUAGUGCGGCCGCGAGGUUCUGCGACGCCUGCCGAAACGACGUCUCAGGGUUCGUUUACCAUUGUAGAGGUUGCGGUUUCGAUCUCCACCCGUGUUGCGGGAACCUUCCCCAAGUGCUUGAUGACGGCGAGCGCAACCUCUACCUUAGUAUGAAGCUCUCCGGGCCGUGCCACCGGUGCGGAGGUAGGGGACCGGGGUGGUCCUAUAAGUCUCAAUGCAGGACUUAUAACCUUCACUUGUCAUGUGUGAAGGAGCUGCUGGUAGAGAGCUGGCAAGCCAUGUACCUAAAUGUGGACAAGAACAAGGUCAAUGAGGCUCAGACAAGGAUUCCAAGUCUCAAGGGGACACUGCAGAGCCAUAACAGGGGAAGAGGGAAGGUUGAGCAGGGCUUUCAGAUGGCCGGGCGUGCUGUUCGGUGUAUCGUCUCCGCUAUGCUCGGCGACCCGACAGCGAUUAUAGCUACAGUUGUUGGUAGCCUCCUACCCAAGUAG